AUGCCCUUCUCCCACCACAGCCACUCAGGGCAAUUCUGCCCCGGCCACGCCAAGGACUCCCUGGAGGAGAUCAUCCAACUAGCCAUCCAGAAACGCUUCCACACCUUCUGUCUAACCGAGCACAUGCCCCGACACCAGGAGGACUUUUACCCUGAAGAGAUCGAAGCCGGCAACACCGAAGAAAGCCACCUCGCCAACGAAAAAGCCUACUACGCCGAAGCCACGCGCCUACGCGCCAAGUACAGCGCGGCAGGAAUCAACAUCCUCAUCGGCUUCGAGAUCGACUGGAUCCGCGAACCGGGCUCCCUCGCCCUGAUCCAGCAGUCCCUGGCCGCCCACCCCUUCGACUUCUUCAUGGGCUCGAUCCACCACACCUGCACCGUGCCCAUCGACUACGACCGCGCCAUGUACGAGCAGGCCCGCGCCGCCGCCGGCGGCUCCGACGAGCGCCUGUUCGCGGCCUACUUCGACGAGCAGCUGGCGAUGCUGCGGCAGGUGCGGCCGCUGGUCGUCGGGCAUUUCGAUCUGAUCCGGUUGAAGAGCGACGAGCCCGAUGGGAGUCUGCGGCGGUGGGGUCUCCACGAAGAUGGGGUCUGGGCCAAGGUGCGCCGCAACCUGGCGUUCGUGGCGGGCUACGGGGGUCUGCUGGAGGUGAAUUCGGCGGCGUUGCGGAAGGGGAUGCGCGAGCCGUAUCCGAUGGGGGAGGUUUGUCGGGAAUUCCUCGCCCUCGGCGGCCGCUUCGUGCUCUCGGACGACAGCCACGGGCUGGACCAGGUAGGGCUGAACUACCACCGCGUGCUGCCGUGGCUCGAGGCCGUGGGCAUCACGACGGUGCAUUAUCUGGCGUUAUCCGAUCAAGACGACGGGGUCGUUGAUCCGCGGUUCCCUCGCACGCGCGUUCGGGGCAUGUCGGUGGCAGAGAUGAAGAAGUUGCCGUUUUGGGGGGCCAACGCUACUGCAGCCUGA